ACACACACAACUCUACGUCAUUGAGCGUGCAGAGAAAUCAGUUUACCCCGGAGUCUAUGUUCGAAACUAAAGUUUUAUAAUCAAUAACAUGGGGAAGGCAGAUUUUCUAAGUCCGAAGGCGAUCAGUAAUAGGAUCAAAGCCAAAGGCCUUCAGAAGUUGCGCUGGUAUUGUCAAAUGUGUCAGAAACAGUGUCGAGAUGAAAAUGGAUUUAAAUGCCACUGCAUGUCCGAGUCUCACCAGAGACAGUUACUUCUAGCCUCAGAGAAUCCCAACCAGUUCAUGGACUAUUUCUCUGAGGAGUUCAAGAAUGACUUUUUGGAGCUGCUCAGGAGACGUUUCGGGACAAAGCGAGUUCACAAUAACAUAGUGUAUAACGAGUACAUUAGUAAUCGGGAGCACAUUCACAUGAACGCCACGCAGUGGGAGACUCUCACAGAUUUCACUAAAUGGCUCGGGAGAGAAGGUUUUUGCAAAGUGGAUGAGACACCUAAGGGCUGGUACAUUCAGUACAUUGAUCGUGACCCGGAGACAAUACGGAGGCAGGAAGAGCUGGAGAAAAAGAAGAAGCAGGAUCUUGAUGAUGUGGAACGCACAGCAAAGUUUAUAGAAGAGCAAGUGCGCCGUGGCAGAGAAGGCAGGGAGCCAGAGGAGGAGCCAGUAUUUACUGAGCUGAAGAGGGAGAAUGAGGAGGAGAAAGUUGCCUUCAACCUGGGCAGUAGCUCCUCUGUAGGCCCUUCGAAAGCCAGUAUAACUGCAGGUCCAAGUGCCUUGAAAGUCGCUGCUUCUGCCAAGAGGAAAGACCAUGUUCACAGUGCCAGUUCCAAAGAGAAGAAGAAGAAAUCUGCACUCGAUGAGAUCAUGGAGUUAGAGGAGCAGAAGAAGAAGUCGGUGAAGUCUGAUAACUGGAUACGGUCGGACAUAGUGGUCAAGGUCAUCACCAAGAAGCUAGGAGAAAAGUAUUACAAGAAGAAAGCAGUCAUACGGGAGGUUCGUGACAAAUACACCGCUGUAGUGAAGAUGAUUGACUCGGGCGACAAACUCAAACUGGACCAAAGCCACUUGGAGACAGUCAUCCCGGCACCAGGUAAAAAAGUUGUGAUUGUGAAUGGACACUAUAGAGGCAUGGAGGCUGUCUUGGAAGGCAUCGAUGAGAAAAAGUUCUCCGCUACUCUCACAGUAGACUCUGGUGCUAUGAAUGGGCAGACGUUGGAGGGAGUUCCGUAUGAAGACUUCUCCAAGCUGGCUUGAGGUCUUUGUGAUGUACAGAUGCAGGCGUUCACCCCGGACAGUCUCUACUGUGUCAGAGCAUUCCUUUGAGUUUCCCGGCCCAUGCGUGGACAUUCCUGAGUACGUUAACGGGUCUUGCUACUGAAGCAGCUAAAAAAAAGAAGUCUGUAGGGUUUGUCUUGUUUUUUAUUGGUUUGUCAUCAGGCCACAUUUUGAAAUUGCCUACAAUUAAAGUGUACGAGGAUGUAACCACAGAAAGUAUGUGAUUGAAUUCACAGUAAGACUUCGAAAAAGGAAACGAAACUGUACUGUAUGAACAGUGUGUACUGUUUAAACAGAGACAAGUUUAAUUAUAAUUAUUAAUUUGUUUUAGUGGUGAAUUUAUAUGUAAAACUCCAUUCAUUCUGGUCAGCAUAGUUUUUCAUAAUUACCACAAAUCUGUUGUAUAGGGGUAUUUUAAAAGACACAUCCAUGAUUGUAUUUUCAUAAGUAACCUCAUCUUGUUUAGAAUAGCUGAAUCUGACUGCUUCUGCUCUGUUUCUCUCCCAAUACACACACACACACACACACACACACAC